GCCUUAUACGGCUUAGAGGCCUAAUCAUCAAAAAAUUGAAAAUUUAGAACAAACUCUGGGAAUCAAAUUGGGCCUAAAUCCAUCUUUUUCCCAUUUUUAAAUUUCGCCGGAAUCCGCAGAAAUCCUGUCGUGCGAUGGAGGAUUAUUUGCAGUUAUUCGUGGAGGAGACGUCGUGGUACAACGAUAUUGUUAUGGGCUCACUCUUACUGGAGAAAUGGUGGGUCCCACUCCCUCACUUCUUCAGGGGAUGGCUCCGAAACUUCAUUGGAGGGACCUUGUUCUACUUGCUUUCUGGGGUUUUGUGGUGUUUUUAUAUCUACUACUUGAAGCAUAAUGUCUGUGUUCCAAAAGAUGCCAUUCCUACGAGAAAUGCAAUGCUUUUGCAGAUAGGGGUUGCAAUGAAAGCUAUGCCAUGUUACUGUGCCCUUCCAACAAUCUCAGAAUACAUGAUUGAACACGGAUGGACAAAAUGUUUUUCAAGGAUAAGCGAUGUUGGCUGGGUUGCCUACCUUUUCUAUUUGAUUGUUUAUCUUGUGUUCGUGGAGUUCGGGAUAUAUUGGAUGCAUAGGGAGUUACAUGACAUAAAACCUCUCUAUAAAUAUCUCCAUGCCACACAUCACAUCUACAACAAGCAAAAUACACUUUCUCCUUUUGCUGGUUUGGCCUCCCACCCUCUGGACGGGAUAUUGCAGGCAGCACCACAUGUCAUAGCUCUCUUCCUAGUGCCAAUGCAUUUCACAACACACAUAGCGCUUCUGUUCAUUGAGGGCAUAUGGACUGCAAACAUUCAUGACUGCAUACACGGCAAGUUAUGGCCUGUAAUGGGUGCUGGUUAUCAUACCAUACAUCACACCACAUAUUGUCACAAUUAUGGCCACUACACAAUAUGGAUGGACUGGAUGUUUGGAACUCUUCAUGAACCAGUCAAUGAUGAGGCCAAGAAGAUAUAAUCAAUGUCUCUGCAAUUUUCUUGUUUUAGCUUGUGCAUCUUUAGAAUUCCUUCGAGUCCUAUGCUUCUCUAAAUUUUGCUGCUCCGUUGUUUUGUAAUGUCAAAGCGUUGUUGAGACAGACAGCAUGGGGAAUAAGAGAAGAAAGAGGCUGUCAACUUCUUAAUCAGUCUCUCGUUCCCCAGUUUUAUUCUGUUGGUUAUACGUGGACUGUACAUUAAUCUUGUUAUAAGCAGAUUAGCCUAAUGUUUUUAGGGACAUGAGAUGGUGGUAAUAGUAGAAUUGCAAUUUCAAGUCA